CUCCCUUGUCCCUCCUAAAAUUCUCUCUCUUUCUUUUCUUUUCCUUUCUCUCUGGUCUCGAAAAAAAAACUCGAAAGAGAGAAGAGACUACGUCAGAGGUCUGCUUCUAUGUCUCAAGAAACAAUGAAAACAGAGACCAGUGAAAAUCAAAAGUCUUCAUGGCCGAAAACGGUGAUGAGGAAAUGGCUCAACAUAAAGACCAGCACUGACGACUUCCAUUCCGAUUACAACAGUGGUGGAGUUGGAGUAGUCCAGGAGAGGAGGAAGAGCUGCUCAGAUAAAGAUAGGAGCAUCUUCUCGAGUACAGAUCUCUCAGGAUGUGGGUGGUUGGUGCAGAGCUCUGGGAGUCUUAAACCGUCUCCAUUUGGACCGGAUCCGCCAGCUGUUGCUUCCCACAACAUCAAGAUGUUCGUGGGGACAUGGAAUGUGGGAGGGAGAUCACCUCACCAAGGGGAACUCAACUUGAAGGAUUGGUUGAUGAACACUUCAUCUCCUGCUGAUAUCUACGUUCUUGGGUUUCAGGAAAUUGUCCCAUUGAACGCAGGCAAUAUAUUGGGUGCUGAGGACAGGGGCCCCGCCCUCCAGUGGCUCUCCCUUAUCCGCCAAGCCCUCGACAACAAGAAGAAGAGGCCUUUCCUUGCUCAUAAUUACAACAAUGCAGCCCAGAAACCAAGGCUCAGCUUCUCAGAUAUCCUCUCCAUGGAGGAUCAGAUGGAUGAAGGAGAGAAGGAUGGCGAGGCGGAUCGAAAGACCAGCAACAAUGUUCCUAGCUGCAGUAGCAGGGAUGAGGAUUCUUUGGAAGCCUGCUCGUUAGGAUCGGGGCGCGGUGUUCGAUACUGCCUUGCUGCCAGCAAGCAGAUGGUGGGGAUAUUCCUGUGCGUGUGGGUCCGAGCUGAUCUCAUGCAGCAGGUGACCAGCAUUAAGGUCUCCUGUGUUGGGAGAGGCAUCAUGGGCUACAUGGGGAACAAGGGAUCGAUCUCAAUCAGCAUGACCCUCUGUCAUACAACAUUUUGCUUUGUGUGCACACAUCUGACUUCUGGUGAGAAAGAUGGUGAUGAAGCAAGGAGGAACUUGGAUGUGAUGGAGAUUCUGAGGAGAACCAGAUUUCCCCCAUCUCAUAGAUUAUCUGGAUCUGCUGCAGUCUCACCGGCCACCAUAUUGGGACACGAUAAGAUCUUAUGGCUUGGAGAUCUUAAUUAUCGUCUCGUAGCUGGCUGUGGCGACGCUGACGAAUUGUUACAUAAGAAUGACUGGCAAGCACUACUAGAAAAAGAUCAGCUCCACAUUGAGCAGAGAGCUGGCAGGGUAUUUACAGGAUGGCAGGAAGGGAGGAUAUGUUUCCCUCCAACUUACAAAUACCUUCACAAUGCUGACCGUUACGCUGUCAAACCUGCAAAAUUUGGAGAUAAGAGACGCACCCCAGCUUGGUGCGACAGGAUCCUAUGGCGAGGGAAGGGAAUGAAACAGAUGUGGUAUACAAGAGGCGAGUUGCGAUUCUCUGACCAUAGACCUGUAUAUUCCCUCUUCUCUGUACAACUCGAUAACUGUGAGGACAAGGAGGCAGCAGCAGUGGCUAGGGACAAGGACCCAAAGCACAACUUCUACAACAGGGCCAGGAGAUCAGGGCCUACAACCACUACCUCCAUGGCCAACGGUAGCAGUGGCAACUCAUCAUCAUCAGCAUCAUGCGGAAGGGUCCAGGCAGAGGAGCUGCUCGAAACGAGAAUGAAAAGUUGUUUGAGCUCAUCCAGAUUCAGACCCAUCCACCCCUCACCGUGCUAGUUCUUUGCUUUGGACCUCCAAUACUUAUCCUUUCUUUUUUGUAAAGCGAUGCAGCGGAGGAAAAGAGAAGUCUGCUACUCUCGAAGUGGAGAAAGCAAAAGAGGAGGUUUUAAAAGAAAGAAGUGGGCCGACCACCCGCUCUUCUUAGUUCAAGUUUAGUUUCUUGUCGUCGUGGUCGUUGUUCGCCAGAGUAAUUAGUUGAGACUGCUAAUGGAUGGAACCAUGCAAGUGGACAUGCGGGGAUCCGGGCCCAAAGCCACACCCUGCGUGCAUGGCAGCCUUUAGCUUCUUCGGCAUGAGCCAUCGAAUUUUAGCGGGUCUAAUCAUAUUGGCCUUCGGGUAAGGAGGAAAGCAUAUGGAACGUGGGGUCCUUUUUGUACCACACACAGUUUUUCCUUUGCUUGUUUGUAUUUGUAAUCUCGAGUGAGAGGGUAGGAUAAAAAAGCUAGGAGGGAUGGAGGCUUCUGCACAUAUUAUUCUUCAUUUUCAUAUGGCUU